AUGUAUGACCUCUAUAAAAAAGGAAGGAAAAAUGCUGUUGGCCGAUCAAUAUAUGAAAGAGAAUUUCAUAAAUUAAAGCUUUCGUUUAAAAAACCUUAUGUUGAUACUUGCUAUAAAUGUGACACUCUGAAUAUGCAGGUAAAAGUUGCCAAUGGUGAAGAUAAACAGAAUGCUGAAAGGGAUCUCCAGUUACACCAGGAGCUCGCUAACACAGCGUACGAUGCAAAAAAGAUAGACAAAGAAGCCAAAAUUGAUUUAAAAAAAAAGUGUUUUAGUUUAGAUCUACAACAAUCUUUCCCAACACCCUUUAUUGUUUCUUCAGGUGCUUUCUACAAAAGGCAAUUAUGGACCUACAAUCUGACCAUUCACGAUAAUGCUACUGGAGAAUCGACAAACUACAUGUGGCAAGAAGCUAUGGCUUCCAGAGGGGGAAAUGAAAUUGCAUCCUGCUUGUAUCGUCACCUAAAAAAUUUGCCCGAUUCCAUUAGUGAAGUUACUUUUUACUCAGAUACCUGCGGUGGACAAAAUAAAAAUAGUCAUGUAGCUGCCAUGUUUAUAAAAGCUCAAAGUAAAAAUCCAAAUUUAAUAAUAAAUCACAAGUUUCUUGUACCCGGUCAUACACAUAUGGAAUGUGAUAUAGAUCACUCCAUGAUAGAAAAGCAAAAAAAGAUAAUGGAAAUUCCAGUUUACCAUCCACAUGAUUGGUAUCAGUUAGUCAGAAAAACGGGCAGAAAGAAACAAUUUGAGGUUCACGAAAUGCAACAGGAAGAAUUUUCUGAUUUUGCUGCUUUAUUGAAAUCAGGAUUGAUUUGUAGGAAAAAGGACAUAUCAGGAGAUACAUUUUCGUGGCAUACUGUCCAAUGGCUCCAAUAUAAAGAGAAUGGUCUAGUUCAUUACAAAACUGCUUUAAGUAACACUGAAUAUUUCAAAGUUCUUAGCUGCUUAAGACGAAGAAGAAAACAUGUCUUAAAGGAUUUUCCAGUUCGUUCAAAAUAUGAUGGUUUCAUUCCAAUAUCUACUGAGAAGAAACGUGACUUGUGCUCGUUGCUAUGCCUAAUAACAUCAGUCUUUCACGAGUUCUAUAGAAAUCUGCUAACUUCUAUGAAUGAUUGA